CAAACUGAUGUCCCAUUUAUCAUGAGAGGAAGUAACUUGAGUGACAUUUACAAAGACAAGGGAGAACAGAUUCUGGAACUCACCAGAAGAAACGAGAGCAAAGAGAGUAAGUGAACAGCACACGGCAGACCCAAGACCUUGGACUUCAAUUUUAAGACAGCAAUUGGAGAGAAUUUAAAUAUCUAAAAUGAGUUCGGAGAUGGUCAGUUUCUCUCCUUUGUAGAAAAUAGGAACAGUGGAUAAUGGGAAUCAGUGUUGAACCUGAUUCUCUUGAGAGAAUUCUCCUGAAAGUGUUGGCCCACACUGUUUCUCCAGCUUGUCCAACGGAAAGCCUGCCACCACCGUUUUGUCAAGCCUCAAGAUUUCUAAAAUGAAUCCUGAAAUCACCCAGAGUGCAAACACGAUUAUUGAUGCACUAAGGGACCUACUCGUCAGCCACAGCCUCUUUAUUUCAGUUGGAUCAUUUUGGAGAUAAAAAUAUAAGCUAUGUCUUUAAAUUUGGAGUAGGGGGAAGAGCAAAGUUAGAAAUCUUAGAGCAGACUAUCCCUUCAUUAAUUCCACUAAUUAAAAUCUAAUCACAGGUAGCCCCUGGGACUGGGUUUCUGAAUAUGAAGUUUCACUCUGAAGAAUCUGUUCCAGGAUGUGAAGAAGGGCCCCAGGAUCUCAGGCGAUUGGGGGUGUAGUCUAGGAGGAAUUGUUUACUCUUCCGUAAGCAGACCUAGCAGGGAUCCUAUGUGGGGGGCAGUUAUGUGGUCUCCGUGCACUUCUUCCUUUCUGACAUCUAGUCUGGGUCUUCGGCUUGUUGCACUUCUCAGGACUCAAAGAUUUCCUGCUCAGAAUCCUGGCGUUUUAGGCUCUUUGUGGCCCUUUGAACACUAAGGCCAAACUGCCUCUCAGCCUGGGAAAAGUGCUUUGAGUUCCCAGGUUUACAGUGUUCUUUCAGUUCAAAGAAAAACUGUAGGUUAUGCUGGGAGAAUGAGUCCUAAGCUGCUGAGGUACCAGUGUCACUCAUCUCCUGUUUGCAGGUGUCUAUGUGUUCUCUUAGGGAUGUGGCCUUCGACUCAGUUUGCCUCCCUUUCCAGCUUUUCUGUGGACCCUGAACCCAUCUCCACUUUAUCAGUGCAGCAAGGAGCAAAAUGGGAACAACAUGAAGCCUUUUUUGUUCUUAACAACUGGAGCUCAUUGAUGGUAUUUUGUGCACCGUCUGCAUGGCAUUGCUUGUGGGGGGCAGAGCUAAGACAACGCUGCCAAUGCCUGUCCAGCUGUCCUGAUGUAACCUGUGUUUUCCCAGGGUCCUUUUUGGUCAGUACAUCCUCACACUGUAAGUUUACAGUGUAUAAAGCAUUUCCACACGACCUCGUUUGAGCCUAACAGCAAAGCUGUGAAGGAGGCAGGGUAGUGGUUAUCACCGUGUUUUAUAGCUCAGGAAGCAGGUGCAGAGAGGCAGCAUUAGUGUUGUCCUGAGAUCGCCGUUUCCUUCCACGCUGAGUGGGAGUUUCCUCAUCUUUAGAGUAAGACUGGAGGACUAGAUGGUCUCUAAGGUUGUCUCAAGUGUAUGAUUCCAUCCCUCCAGUGUAUGAUACAUCCUGGAUCAUUCUGAGUAUGAUUCCAUCCAGAAACAGGGCGUUGAGGUCAGUGGUGGAUAUCCAAGACCACGGUGAAGUGCCACCCAUGAAGACCGGGAGGUGGGAAACUGCUAGGAGAGGUAUGCCUCUCCUUCCGGAUAGCUUUCCUCCAGGAGGCGCACGGGCGGCGGUAGCAAGCGGGGAUUACCGACGCGCUGUCUAGAUUCCGCAGGUAACUCCGUGGCUUCAUUACGGGGAGUGGCCCCGCCGUAUCCAACAUGGCAGCUUCUAUCUGGCGGAUCGCCGACGCCCACUUCCGGGUUCCGUACUGCUGGCCAGGCUACUUCCGGCAGCGCGAUGGCUGGGUUCCCGGGACUCGAACGGAAGUUCCGGCGGGGGCGGCCGAGGGGGAAGAGAGUGUGUCUGUGCAGGAGAAAGAGGAGAAUCGCCCGAGAGGUCUCGAAACCCCCAGGGAGUGGAGGCCCCAGCCGUGGAGCCCUGCAGUGUAUGUGUGGUAACACCAUGUCUGUGCCCCUGCUCACCGAUGCUGCCACUGUGUCUGGAGCUGAGCGGGAAACGGCUGCGGUUAUUUUUUUACAUGGACUUGGAGACACAGGGCACAGCUGGGCUGACGCCCUCUCCACCAUCCGGCUCCCUCACGUCAAGUACAUCUGUCCCCAUGCACCCCGGAUCCCUGUGACGCUCAACAUGAAGAUGGUGAUGCCCUCCUGGUUUGACCUAAUGGGGCUGAGUCCUGAUGCCCCAGAGGACGAGGCCGGCAUCAAGAAGGCAGCAGAGAACAUCAAGGCCUUGAUUGAGCACGAGAUGAAGAAUGGGAUCCCUGCCAAUCGAAUCGUCCUGGGAGGCUUUUCACAGGGUGGGGCCCUGUCCCUCUACACGGCCCUUACCUGUCCCCACCCCCUGGCUGGCAUCGUGGCAUUGAGCUGCUGGCUGCCUCUGCAUCGGGCCUUCCCCCAGGCAGCCAAUGGCAGCGCCAAGGACCUGGCCAUCUUGCAGUGCCACGGGGAGCUGGACCCCAUGGUUCCAGUACGGUUUGGGGCCCUGACGGCCGAGAAGCUUCGGUCCGUCGUCACACCCGCCAGGGUCCAGUUCAAGACGUACCCAGGUGUCAUGCACAGCUCCUGCCCUCAGGAGAUGGCAGCCGUGAAGGAGUUUCUUGAGAAGCUGCUGCCUCCUGUCUAACCAGAGUCGCUGGCCCCCAGCGCAGGACCCCAGCUCCUGGGGGACGCAGCACGCGCGGCGCCAUCUCGGAUCUGAGCCGGUCGAGCCCCUGUCCCCACCAUCCCUGACCCGUCCUCUUCCCAUAGGCCUCUGGGGCAGGCGGGCCCAGGCCUGGCCAGGCCUGCCUUCCUGGCCUCAGCCACCUGGCUGUCUGCAGCAGGGGUGGGCCACCCUCUUCUCCCGUUUCCCCGAGGUGGGCCCCCCCUGGCAGCAGUAUUGGAGGGGCUGUAGGCAGCGGGAGAAAGGGGCCCGGCCGCUGACCCACUCACUCAGGACCUCACUCACUAGCCCCGCUUUGGGCCCCCUCCUGUGACCUCAGGGUUUGGCCCAUGGGGCCCUCCCGGGCCCCACCUACCACUCCACCCCCCCCCCCCCCCCAAGUGACUCUGCCCAGAUAAUCGUGUCUCUCCUCCUUCUCUCCAGCUGCUUCUCAAUCAUGAAUGUGUCCAUGGCCCGGCCCCCGUGCUGCUGUGGGCUGCCUGCCCCUGGGCAGGGGUGUUGGUGAGGGGGCAGAGUCCUUUGAGGGGGGCCUUCUCUUAGGCCCCUGAAACGUGGGGGCUGGGCCCUGCCCCUCCCCGCCCCCCCCCCCCCCCCCGCCCCCCAUUGCCCUGUUCCCCCCGUAGGCCUGGAGCCUGCAGGGCUGGACUGAGGCUCAAAGUCUCCCCCCGCUGUCCCACUCCCACGUUGUCCCCACUCUAGGGCCAGGGGGGGAGGUGGGGGAGUUGUGUCUCGUCUUCUGUCUCCAUGUGGUUUUGGGUGUUUUUCUUGUUGUAUCCUGGAUUCCGAUAAAAUUAAAUUGCUUCAACUCUCA